AUGUCUGCAAGUGAUCAUAAAGUUCAAUAUGUAAUAAAAAAAGGCUUUCUCCAUUCUGAACCUUGCAGAAGGAGUGGUUUUUAUGAUGUUGAGCUUAAAGUCCGAGAAUAUGAGCUUGAUCGGUAUGGCGUGGUUAACAAUGCUGUCUAUGUAGAUUAUUGCCAGCACGCUUUUGAUGAACAUUUAGAAAGCGUCGGCCUGAGUGCUGAUGCAAUUACCCAAACCGGUGAAGCAAUGGCUUUGUCAGCAUCGUCUCUGAAAUUCAUUGCACCUCUAAAGAGUGGAGACAAGUUUGUCAUAAAGUUGCGGAUGACUAACUCCUCAGCCGCUCGCCUGUAUCUUGAGCAAUUCAUUUUCAAGCUGCCAAAUCUAGAGCCUAUCUUCGAAGGAACGGCCACAGUUGUGUGGCUUAAUAAAGACUAUCGCCCUGUCCGUAUUCCAUCGGAGUUUAUAUCUCAAUUUGUCCAGUUUCAUCGCCAUAAGGAGUCUAGCUAA